AUGCUGACUCCGAUCCCCGGCCGGAUAGGAGCAACGAGGGGCAUCGGCGCCGCCAUGGCCGUGGCACUGGCCGAAGCGGGCGCGAACAUCAUCCUCAUCCAAAGACACGGCAGCAACACGACGACCAAAGCCGCCAUCGAGGCCCUAUCCCCACCGCGCACCGCAACCAUCUACACGGCAGACAUGGCGUCUCAACGCGACGUCUCAGGCCUGGCCAGCAAGAUCCUGGGUGACGGCCACGACGUCUCCAUCCUAGUCACCAGCGCGGGCAUCCAACGACGACACCCGGCACACGCUUUUCCCCUGUCGGACUGGGACGACGUGCUCCAGGUGAACCUCACGUCGGUGUUCACUCUGUGCCGCGACUUUGGGGCGUACAUGCUCGACCGCGCCGGUCCGCACCGCGGGUCCAUCAUCAAUAUCGCCAGCCUGGUCAGUUUCUCGGGCGGGUUGACGGUCCCGGCGUACGCGAGCGCCAAGGGCGGCAUCGCCCAGCUGACCAAGGCGCUGAGCAACGAGUGGGCUGGCAAGGGCGUCAACGUGAAUGCGAUCGCGCCGGGGUAUAUUGCCACGGAGAUGAACGAGGCGUUGAUCAACAAUGAGACGCGCGCCAGGCAGAUCCUCGAACGCAUCCCCAUGGGCAGGUGGGGUACUCCUGACGAUUUCAAGGGGCCUGUCGUGUUUUUGGCGAGUCCGGCUAGUGGCUAUGUUAGUGGGGAGGUGUUUGUCGUGGACGGAGGGUGGAUGGGCAGGUAG